AUGUCGGAAUGGAGCGGAUUUAUCUACGUCUCUGCCAACCCCUUACCCACCUUUGCUCGUCAAACAAAGGCUGAAAAGGAGUGGCAGCGCCCUGAAAGUCCUCCACGAUCCAAUCCCGCUUCACACGACAUCAAACCCAGCUCCAAUCGCACGAGACGUCCCUUCAGACAAAUAAGGACGUCGAGUGGGAGUCAGGGUAGUCGUUUGUCGCACGAAUCAUCGUUCGUGCUUCCGCAUUCCAGCAGCAGCCCCAAUACCAAAAACGGCCCCGCCUUGGAGGAAGACGCUUCACAUUACUCGCACUCAAAAGUGCAGCCAUCCUCUGACUCGCGCCUACAAUCAUCAGCUGCUGCAACGACGUCAAUUUUGAACAAACCUCUCAACACAGGUCUCCCUAGCGGAGGCCCGACACCCUUACUUUCACCCAUUAUCUUCAAUCGACCUUUCCUCUUCGACAAAUCUCGACAACGCGAUCCUCGUCGUCAAUCAGACACCAUCACUCCUAUCUACGGUUCUGUCGAUCCGAAAAAUGUCACCAUGUAUUCCCAACAGGAAGGAGGUAAUAAAUUCUUGUCGGGGACGACGAAGCAGGUAAAUCUCGACUUCCCCCGAACCGAUUCCGUGUCUUCUGCGAGCGGCACCAUCUCGACACACACCAUGACCUCGACAGACCAUUCCCACUCAUCCGACCCUGCGACAAAACCUUUCAUCGUUCAAAAUGGCCGCACCUACUUUAACGACCCAACGUCGUCGUACCCUCUUCCUACCGAUCUCGCCGAGCUCCAUCGGCAAAGCUUACGGACGCUCAUGAUGAUCCAGGUAUAUGGCGCGCCUGUCUACACACCUUUUAUCAGGAACAACCCUCCUCUACGUGUGCUGGAGGUCGGAUGCGGCACAGGCUUUUGGAGCAUGAUGUGCCAUCGAUACUACAGAGAACGAGGCUACGGUGGUAUCCAGUUUACAGGAAUCGACAUUGCGCCCCUAGCCCCUGGCAGUCCUGGAUCUCCAGCUGAGCUUUGCAAACCAGACAAAGACAUGAAAUGGCGCUUUGUCCAACAUGAUCUCCGUCAGCUACCCUGGCCUUUUGCCGACGAGGAGUUCGAUAUGAUCAUGGUCAAGGAUACGUGUCUCAUGGUGCCCAGUCAUGUUUACCAGCUUUUUAUAGAAGAAUAUCUUCGUGUGCUCACGCCUGGUGGCGUAAUGGAGAUCUGGGAUAGCGAUCCAACAUUCCGAAUGCUGCGGCCUCAUGUCCCAAGCGCAUUGCCUGGUUCGGAAGAAGCAGAGGAGCACGAAGCCGCACUUGAUCUAGGUGCCUAUCUCAUGACAUCGAAAACACCGCUUUCGGCGCCGUUGAACUCGUUCUUGGUUGAGUACAACAACUGGCUGUCGCGAACUCUCGAGGCUCGUCAGUUGUCACCAGUUCCGUGCUCUCUCAUCGGCGCCUUUCUCCAUCAAGAAGCCGAAGUUCUCACAGAAAUCAAGACCAAACGUCUAGCCAUUCCACUGAGCGAGGUUCGGUGGGAGCGCGAAGGUGUCGGCGGUGUUGUCACCAAAGAUGGCAAGUCGUACGUGGAGAUGAAGGCCAAGUCAACGCCACACCAAAAGGUCGAGAAGAAGACCUUGACAACUGGACAAUCUGCACUGCGUAAGACAGCACUCUUGACAGUCGCGCAGCAAGUGUCGGCAUUGGAGCCUAUUGUUCGCGAAGCAAGCGGCAAGAGCCAGGACGAAUGGGAUACCUGGGUAGCUAAGAUGAUGGCUGACCUGAUGAGUGAAAACGGAACAAGCUGGGGAGAAUGCUUAGAGCUGGGAGUAUGGUCGGCAAGAAAGAGACAACCCAAGAGCAAGUCAUGA